UUUGGUCAGUGUACAAAGGGCUGGACUCUUGUUUUUUAUAAGAGUAAAGAAUCUGCUUUUCUUGCAGCAGAACUUCUCAGUAACUCAUACAGGUGGUCUGCUCUUGUCUCAUCUACAUUAAGACUCCAGGGGAUGGCCAUGGAUGAUCAACCUGACUUCUUUGAAAACAAGGACCUUUUGAGAGAAAUUAAAGAAGCAAUGGAUAAGAGUCAUGCUGAAGGAGCUGCAAAGAUCCAGGACUAUUUGAAGGAGCAGAGUAACACUCCAUUAAAUAUUGGUAUCACAGGAGAGUCUGGCUCUGGUAAAUCCACCUUUGUUAAUGCCUUUAGAGGCAUAGAUAACAAAGAUGAAAGAGCUGCUCCUACUGGUUAUGUAGAAACCACCAAGAAGGUUACAGCAUACCCCCAUCCAAACUAUCCCAAUGUUACACUGUGGGAUCUUCCUGGCAUUGGCACCACCAGUUUUCCAGCUCACAAGUACCUGGAGCAUGUUGGAUUUGAGAAGUUUGACUUCUUCAUCAUCAUCUCAGACACUCGCUUCAGAGAAAAUGAUGUGAAGCUCGCUCAGGAGAUUCAGAAGAUGGGGAAAAAGUUCUACUUUGUUCGCUCAAAGAUUGACCAUAACAUACGUGAUGCAGAAAGAAGUCAGAGGGAGUUCAAUGCAGAAAGGACUCUUGAAGAAAUCAGGGAAAACUGCAUUAAAGGUCUUCAAGAACAAGAUGUUAAGUCUCCACAAGUCUUCCUGGUGUCCAGCUUUGAUCUCCAACUGUAUGAUUUCCAUCAGUUAGAGGAGACCCUGGAGAGAGAGCUCCCUGCACACAAGAGGAAUGCUCUGCUGUUUGCCAUGCCCAAUGUCAGCCUGGAGAUCAUCAACAAGAAGAAAGAGGCUUUACAGGCAAAAAUAAAGUACUAUGCCAGUGUAUCUGCACUCAUAGCAUCUGCACCAGUUGCUGGGCUCUCAUUUGCUGCUGAUGUAACCAUUCUGGUUGAGACCGUUAAAAUGUACCAAGUUACGUUUGGUCUUGAUAGCAAAUCACUGGAGAAUCUUGCUCUCAGUGCAUGUGUGCCUUUGAAUGAUCUUAGAGCAGUGAUGAAAUCACCACUGGCUGCAAAGGAAAUAACCAAAGAUCUUAUCAUGAAGUUAAUGUCCUUGUCUGCAGGUGAAAUUGCACUAAUGGCAGCAGAGGAGGGGUCCAGGUUUAUUCCAUUAUUGGGAAUCCCAGCAGCAAUGGGCCUCUCUUUUAUCUCUACCUACAGAGCUCUCAGUACUUUCCUCAACAUGCUUGCUGAGGAUGCACAGAGGGUGUUUACAAAGGCCCUGGGUUUGAACACCUCAGUGUGAUUUUGAAAAUGGAGUGGCAUUGGCAUUUAAUGAGGCAUUUAAAACGGCAGAGUACACUAAAGCUUUUGAAUUCAAACAUUGUAUUUUUUUUAAAAUAUAGAGUAUACAAAUCAUAGUUUUUUAAUCUUGAGGCACAUUUUUAGAAAACAUGCAUAAUCAGAUUUUUAAGGUGGCCAUUAAGUGCAAACCACAACAGCAAUUUGCCACAACACUACAGCAAGUUGCCACAACAUGACAGCAAAUCGCCACAACAAAUUGCUGUUGUGGUUUGCACUUCAGUGCCACCGUAGGUUUUGCAGUUGAUCACUCCAGUGCCGACUAUGAAUGUAGGUGUUAUUUACUCUGUUGAUAUUAAUAAAAAACCUUCUAUAACUUAUAAGCACA